ACAUUUUCUUUCGUGUAAAUAAAAAAAAAAUCAACUCUUUCCAGGCUACCUCGACAGUUGUCAUGAGCUACUACCACAGGAAUCCCGAAGCAAAAUGUAAAACGUUUAAAAGUUACUAAUACUAUUUUUUGCAGUAUUCAAUCUUUAAAUUCUAAAAUCGAUAUAAAAGGAGAGAACCAAAAAAUGUUUACCCUGAAGUAUCGACUUUAGAAACUUGAAAUCAUGGAGAUGUUUCCCAUGGGGAUGGGCUUCCUGUGUUUUAGACAGUGGUCAGCGGUGUUAUAUUUUGGUUUCUGUAUUACAAAAUGUUCCCAUGCAAAUUUGCACGCUUUUCUAAUCUUUCUUUUGUUUCAAAAAGAGCAGUAUGUUCUUUAUACUUCACCAGAAGCGUUUCUGCAGAGGCUGUACCUCAGUUUCGAGAUGAAGAUCCUAAAGUAAUGCGUUUAUUUGAGGGGAUAACAAGAGGCGAAAGAGGAUCUCUGGCACAAGGUAUUACAAUGGUGGAAACCCUUCAUCCAGAAAAAUACAAACAAGCCCAGAAAUUGCUGUCCAAAAUAGUCAAAUAUUCUAAAAGUAACCUCAAGUUUCCUAGCGGCAAGAAGACGUCGUUUAGAAUUGGGUUUUCUGGUCCACCAGGCGCUGGGAAGUCAACAUUUAUUGAGGUAUUUGGGAAAAUGUUAACGUCUCAAGGACACAAAGUGGCUGUUCUUGCUGUUGACCCAUCAUCGUUAAGGACUGGAGGCUCUUUACUAGGAGAUAAGACACGCAUGACAGAGUUAUCACGUGAUCCUGAUGCUUAUAUUAGGCCCUCGCCAACAUCUGGGACUCUAGGUGGAGUAACAAGAAGCACAAAUGAAGCCAUUGUUCUUUGUGAGGCUGGAGGCUAUGAUAUUAUUCUAGUUGAGACGGUUGGUGUUGGUCAGUCUGAAUAUGCCGUAGCACAUAUGGUUGACAUGUUUGUACUACUCAUCCCACCAGCAGGAGGAGAUGAAAUGCAAGGCAUCAAAAAGGGAAUUGUUGAGAUGGCAGAUGUGGUUCUGAUUAAUAAAGCUGAUGGAGAUCUGCUUAUUCCUGCUCAAAGAAUACAAACAGAAUAUACAAGUGCUUUGAAGUUACUAAAAAACAAAUCCACUAUAUGGUCUCCAUCUGUUAUACGUGUUUCAGCAAAAACAGGAGAAGGUAUUGACAAGUCCUGGGAGGUAAUGCAAGCCUUUUUCAACACGAUGACAGAGACUGGAGAGUUAGAAAAGGAGCGGCGCAAACAGCAAGUUGUGUGGAUGUGGAGCCAUAUCAAGGAACAAAUUAUAAAAAGAUUUAAAAUGAACUCAGAUGUAAAGAGAAAGAUAAAGACUUAUGAGAACCUUGUUGCUGAAGGCCUGAUGACUCCAGGGCUUGCCGCAGAUAUGAUGUUGAAAAUCUUUGAAAGAUCAAAAGAAGAAAAAUAAAUACAAAAUAAAUGUCAAUUUAUAAUACGAAAUGCUAAAACAUUUUAAAAGUUACUAGGUUGAUAUUCUGUGAACUUAGUAGUUGUGAGUUGAAAGUUUUUUUCUGCCUUCAGUCAAAAAUAAUUGGUAUCUUGUAGGUUUUGGGCUGGCGGCAAUAAAAAUCCUAUUUCACAACAAGCUUUUGAAAUUUUGGGAAUUGCUGCAAACGAAAAAAAAUUAUUGUAGUGUUAAUAUCAAUUCUAUUUUUUUGAAUUUACACAAUUUUUUUAAGUUGGUCAUCUCCAGUGUAAUAUAAUUUAUGUAGACUUGUUAUAUCUAUUGUGACUCAUUCUAUAGAUUGUAAAGCUGAUAUUGAUAUGCUGUGGUGUAUAAAUUAUAUUACACUGGAGAUUUCCAUUGUACCAAAUAGCACUGAUGGAACAAUUGAAAACAAUAGACUGAUUGUUCUAUUCUGUACUAUUAGCACAAAAUAACUUGAAUACUGUUUCACAGAUAAAAUGUGAUCAUUCUAGAAACAUAAUUUAUUUUAGGGAUUAGGAAUAAUUUAAAAAUAAGA